UGGGCGGCAAGAUGGCGGCCCCCAGAGCGCUGUAGCAGUGUGGCGGUUGGCGAAGUGUUGGUGGCAGCAGACGCGGAGCAGGCGGGCUCGCAGGUUCUCAAGCUGAGAGUCCCCUGGUUUAGCCCAAGUGGGGAGGAAGGCGGCAUCGCCAUGGUGACGGAGCAGGAGGUGGAGGCAGUGGGGCAGACGCUGGUUGACCCCCGGCAGCCCCUGCAGGCCCGCUUCCGGGCACUGUUCACACUGCGUGGGCUCGGGGGUCCAGUGGCCAUCUCCUGGAUCAGCCGGGCCUUUGAUGAUGACUCAGCCCUGCUCAAGCAUGAGCUGGCCUACUGCCUGGGCCAAAUGCAGGACCGGCGGGCCAUCCCCGUGCUGCUGGACGUGCUGCGGGACACCCGCCAGGAGCCCAUGGUGCGCCAUGAGGCAGGGGAGGCCCUGGGGGCCAUUGGGGACCCAGAGGUCCUGGAGAUCCUGAAGCAGUACUCUACUGACCCUGUUGUCGAGGUGGCCGAGACAUGCCAGCUGGCUGUCCGGCGGCUGGAGUGGCUGCAGCAGCAGAGUGGGGAGUCAGUGGUCCGGGGGCCCUACCUCUCUGUGGACCCGGCCCCGCCCGCUGAGGAGCGUGACCUGGGGCAGCUGCGGGAGGCGCUGCUGGACGAGGCCCGGCCACUCUUCGACCGAUACCGAGCCAUGUUCGCCCUGCGUGACGCUGGAGGCAAGGAGGCCGCCCUGGCGCUGGCCGAAGGCCUGUGCUGCGGCAGCGCCCUCUUCCGCCAUGAGAUCGGCUACGUUCUGGGCCAGAUGCAGCACGAGGCGGCAGUGCCCCAACUGGCGGCGGCCCUGGCACAGCCCACUGAGAACCCCAUGGUACGACACGAGUGCGCCGAGGCCCUGGGGGCCAUCGCCCAGCCUGCCUGCCUGGCCGCCCUGCGAGCCCACGUGGCCGACCCUGAGCGUGUGGUGCGGGAGAGCUGCGAGGUGGCCCUAGACAUGUACGAGUACGAGACGGGGUCGACCUUCCAGUAUGCGGACGGGCUGGAGCGGCUGCGCUCACCCCUCUCCUAGGGCCUUCGCGGGGCGGUCUCCCUUUUGGACUCGGUGCAUAAACCAUGCUGGAGUGAAUCGGAUCUUGCUUCCCUGCCUUCCGGCCCCUUUUGCAUCUUGAUCGCAGGCUCCUGGGGGCCACGCUGAAGUCACUUCUGCCACUGAGUACGAGGGGAGGAGGACCGAGGGGUUGUGGGAACAAAGCUGCGUCUGGGGGAGUCAGGGGGCAGUGGCCCUGCUUCUCUAGGAAUGAAAGGGCGCAGGGAAGGCACUGUGGGGAAACCCAGGCCCCCAGGGUUGGGGGUGUUGGAGCUGUCCUUUGUGGGGUGGGGUGGCCUGGAGCUAAGGGCUUAGGGAGGGCAAGCAAGUCCCAGGGAUACAGCUUAGAUGGACUAUUAAAUUAUUUUUGCCAAGUGA